AUGGAGACGGCCAUGAACCUCUCUGAGGCCCAGCAGAUUAUGAUUGAGAAGCUCACAGCAUUAAAAGGGCAUGAGCAAGUGGCACUUAUAUUGUCGCGAGGCCCGGACGCACUUUGUGCACGUCUCGAGGCCUUCUCGAACUUUGAGUCCACGUUGAUCGGACAGGUCCGUGACUGUUUGGCAUCUGCCAUGUCCACUCGGUAUGUAUAA